UCCUUGUGUCUUGUUUCAUCACCUUCACAUUCAACAGCAAACGAAUCACAUUUCAAAGACUUUCUUUGUGAUCAAUUCAAUGGCAGGUAUCAAAGUUUUCGGACACCCUGCUUCCACUGCCACCAGGAGAGUCCUCCUCACCCUCCACGAGAAAAACCUCGACUUUGAGCUCGUUCAUGUCGAGCUCAAAGACGGUGAGCACAAGAAAGAGCCCUUCCUCUCCCGCAACCCUUUUGGUAAAGUUCCCGCCUUUGAAGAUGGAGACCUCAAGCUCUUCGAAUCAAGAGCGAUUACUCAGUACAUAGCUCACCGAUAUGAAGAGGAAGGAACCAACCUUCUCCCAGCCGACUCCAAGAACAUAUCCCACUACGCAAUCAUGGCCAUUGGAAUGGAAGUAGAAGCUCACCACUUCGACCCAGUGGCUUCAAAGCUUGCCUGGGAACAAGUGUUCAAGCUCUUCUAUGGCAUGACCACAGACCAAGCCGUUGUUGAAGAAGAAGAGGCUAAGUUAGCCGCGGUCCUUGAUGUGUACGAGGCUAGGCUCAAGGAGUUCAAGUAUUUGGCUGGUGAAACUUUUACUUUGACCGAUCUUCACCACAUUCCCGUUAUUCAAUACUUGCUUGGAACUCCCACCAAAAAGCUCUUCGCCGAGCGUCCACAUGUCAACGAGUGGGUGGAAGAGAUCACCAACAGGCCAGCUUCCCAGAAGAUCCUUCAGUGAGAAAUUUCUGAAGAAGGGAAAAGAAAAUGAUUCUGCUUCAGUCACAGUAAUAAUAAUAUGCUCAAAGUAAAUAAGUGGCUGCCUCAUUGCCCAAUUUCUCAGUGCUCUGUUUUGUCUUUCUGUUGUGUCCUCUGUUUUUAUUCUCCCUUUUAUAUGUAUGUGUUUGUGUUCUUGAGAGAUUUUUGUUGAAUCAAAAGCUAUUUAUAAUGUUCAA